AUGAUAUUUGAAAUUGCCUCAGCUCAUCUCGCCGCAAUAUCAUUCAUAAACAAGAAGCAAGCCGGAGCUAUGAUCAAUGGUCAAACUUCGGCUAAGAGUGACGAUGAUUGCAUGGAAUUUGCUCUAAAUUCGCCGUUGACAAAUCGCAUUGCUAACAGCAAUAAUCAUUCCGAAAUCGAAAAACGACGCCGCGAUCGAAUGAAUGAACUGAUGGGUCAACUGGCUGCAUUGAUACCCUCAACAUUUUGUCGGAAGCUUGAUAAGCUUUCCCUACUGCGACUUGCACUUGAUCACAUUAGUACAAUGAAAACAUCGAGUGAUAAAGAAUUGAACUGUAAUUGUUGCGCGAAGCAUGUUACUUCCAGUGAUUUGUUGAAUCUUCUCAAAAAUAAUGCUGAACAUUUUGUAACUGUGGUCGAUGUAUCAUCGGGAAAAAUUUUGUAUGCUUCCGAUGAAAUGCAUAAGUUUUUGGGAGAGGAUGUUUUCACUCG